AUGGGACCUCGUCGCCACGCGCUGGACCACGCUCGGAAAGCCGAGGCGGCGGCGGCCCUGGCGGGAGAGGCCCGCGAGGCUGCCCCCUGGAUCGCCGCCGCCAACGACGUCCCGGGGCCCGAGUGCGCUCCCCCCCAGCCCCCCUCGGCUGGCUCAGGUGUCCUGGACAGCCCCGGUGACGUCUUCGGGUUCGGUCGGGUCAAGCGGGUCGUGGACUUCCCAGAGGUCCCGCGGGAGAUGAUCGAGCUGCAGUGGGCCGUCGUCGGUCGCUUCCCGUGGAGGCGCAAGGGGGAGAGUAUCGCCGUGUACGAGGCUAGGGCCACCCUGUACGGGUUUCGACAUCUCCUUCGUUCGUCUCGGAACCUUGGGAAGCACGUGCUGGUCCUGGGGGACUCGCAGUCGACGGCCGGGGCGGUGGCGCGGUUUCGGAGCGACAGCCGUAGCAUGAUGCGGGUCACCCAGGCGAUUGCGGCCCUCUCGCUCGCGACCGGUUCGGCCUUGCAUUAUCGAUGGUUGCCCUCGGAGUGGAACGUCGCGGACUCUCCUUCCCGAGGCCUCUGGGCUCCAGCUGCUCCGAGCCCGCUCGAUUUCUCCAAACAUGCCCCCGCGGGCCAGACCCGCGCCGACCUCGACCGGCGCACGGAUGGCGCCGCCGGCGGCGCCUGCGGCCCCGCUGGCCUCGCCGCUGGACAGGCGGGGGGCCACCCGUGGUGCCAUGGCGGCGAACCUCUCUACCCAGCCGUUGCCCGCCCUCCUCCAGCCAAGAGGAAGCGCCAGACGGUGGCCGACGUCGCGGCCCGGCGGAGGGCCUCUGCCGUCACAGUGGGGGGUCUCACGGUGCUAGAGAGCGCCUCGGUUCGGCCUCGGACGCGGCAGAAGUACCAGUCGCUGUUCGCCGAGUUCCUGGCGUGGCUCGCCGUCCCGGUGGCAACCUCCGAGGCGGGCGUCGACCAGCAGCUUGUGGGGUGGCUGGACGCGCUGUACCUGGGCGGCGAGAACCUGGGCUCGGCCCAGUGGGGCUUCGCGGCGGUGACGUUCUUCACGGGCCUCCAGAAGUCCGCGGGGGCCCUCUCGCGGCUUCCGCUGCCGCGCGAGGUGGUGGCCCUGAUCGCCAACGAGCUGGUCAGGUUGGGGAAGCUGCCCUGCGCGAUCGCGAUCGUCGUGAUCUUCGAGCUGUACCUUCGGCCAGGCGAGAUCUUCAACGUGAGGGGCGUGGACCUCAUACCCCCAGUGCCGGGCGUGGCAAGCGCCCCCUGCUGGGCCAUCACGCUUCGCGCGCAGGAGGUCGGGAGGUCGUCAAAGACGAACGAGUUCGACGAGUCCAUGCGCCUGGAUCUGGAGCGGCGCGCCCCUCUCGGUCCGGCGCUCAAGGCCCUCUGUCAGGGCCGGAGCCCGCGCUCGCCGAUCUUCGACUUCGCCCUGAAGGACCUGGCGACGGCGGUGUGCGGCGUCGUGCGGAGCCUCAAGCUGGACGAGUACCUCGGCGACGUCCACCUGUACCAGCUCAGGCACGGCGGCGCCUCACGACUCCGCCGGGGGCUUCAGGGGCCUGGAGGGCGUGAGGCGCCGCGGGCGCUGGCGAAGGGCAGCCGCAUCGGCCAGGUGCUGCUCAAGCUGCCCGAGGACCUUCGCGCCCGCGCGCUGUCCUGCGAGCGCUCGAUGGCCUCCAUCGUCCGCUUCUUCCUCGAGGUCUUCUCGGGGCCAGGGCGGCUCGGCCAAGCAGUCGCGAGGGAGGGCGUGAACGUUCGUCUCUGGGACGUGGAGCUGGGUGCCGAUUACGAUCUUCGUCUGGCUCGGAACCGCAGCCUCAUCAGAGGAUGGAUCCGCUCAGGCAUCGUGAUCGGCGCCCACUUGGGAACACCGUCAAACUCGUCUCCCAUGGGCCUCGGCGACCUGAACCCCGCCGACGCUGACAAGGUUCGCGUCGGCAACUUGUUAAUGUUUUUCUCCGUGGCGGUGAUGCGGGAUGCUAUGAUGUUGGGAAUACCAGCUACUCUUGAGAACCCCGCCCGGAGCCGCAUCUGGAUUUGCCCCGCCAUGCAGAGACUUCAAACAUCCAACAUGAUCAAUUUCACCGUCACCGAUUUCUGCAUGUGGGGCGCCCAGUGGAGGAAGUCGACCGGUUUCCUCAGCACGGGGCUGUGCAUGGACGCCCUCGCCGAGGCUCGCUGUCUCGGUGCCAAGCGUGGCCUGUGCAAGCGCUCCGGCCAGCCGCACAUCCCCAUCCAAGGGAAAAACGACAAGGGUGUAUUCUGGUCCAAGAUCGCCGAGCCUUAUCCUCCUGGUCUUUGUAAAGCCCUGGCUUCUAUCUAUUACAAUGCGUGGGCCUCGUCUAGAGCCGAGUUGUUCAACAAGAAGGACGUCAGCGAGAGCGAGCCGGACGACAUCCAGCCGGACGAGGACGACUCCAGCGACCAGCUGAGCGACUCGGAGGCUGAUCUGAAGACGGCGAAGGCGCACAUUUCGGAUGCGUCCUCCAGGAAGUCUGGCCCCACGCCCAGCGGCUUCCGCGGCAGCGCCGCCGCUACCAGAGGCGGCGGCCGGGCGCCCCCCAUGACCGCCAGAGGCAGCGCCAGUGCCCAGCCAGCAGGCGCCGCGGCUGGCGCACUCGCGCCUGGCGGCGCGCGAGGAAAGCACCGGCGAGUCCAUGAUGCCGCCAAGCAUGUCUUGCCGUUCUGGUCUAUGCAGGCGCGCGCGUGAUGCGGAGCGGCGGCGCAGCUCGGCGUGGCUCCACGGCGAUGGGCCCGCGCCCGGGCGGGUGCCCGUGGGGGGCACGCCGGACCCCGGCGCAGGCGUACGCGUGACAUGUGGUCGCGGUGUUCACG